GGAGGGGCAGGGAAGAGUGCGAGGGGCAGAGAGCAGAGCAGGCGGCUGCAUCAGCAGCAGAAGCCAGCCUGCGCGAAUAAAAAGCCGGACCUGCCUGGAUCCUCUUCCGAGGCUGCCUUGAUCCGGAGUGACGGUGCCAGAGGACCGCGCUGCUGCUGCUGCUGCUGCUGCAGGAAAGAUUGCGCGUGUUUCUCCGCAGAGGCGGAUCAGGCGCCCGCACCGAGAGAUUCGUGCCUGCUUGCAGGGCUACCUGAAAAGGCAGCAGGUGAGAGUUGGGAGAGGAACAAUGAGGGGAAACCCAGCAGAGGGUUUAUGGGUCGUGCCGGAUGGAAUAAAAGGGAGCAAAGAAACACUGGAGCAAAAGAAAAGAAGAGAAGUCCAAAAAGAAUAAUGCAGAAAGUAAAAGAAAGGAGUCUGUGCCUUCCACUUCGCAAUAGAUUCAGUUCUGAACUAAGCUUUCAACCUCAGUGGGAAAUGCACGCAGGUGAUAAAUCAUAUUAAUGUUUGGACUGGGGGAAAGGCUUCAACAUGAGUGGAAAGCUUACUUUACACAGUAGAACCCACACUGGGGAGAAACCACAUAAAUGCUUGGAAUGUGGGAAAUGCUUCAGCACGAGUGGAUCUCUUUCUAUUCAUCAAAGAAUCCACACUGGGGAGAAACCAUAUAAAUGCUUGGAGUGUGGAAAGAGCUUCAGGCAGAGUGGAGAUCUUGCUGUACACCAUAGAACCCACACUGGAGAGAAAUCACACAAAUGUUUGGAGUGCGGAAAGAGCUUCAGCAGGAGUGGGCAUCUUACUUUACACCACAGAACCCACACUGGGGAGAAACCACAUAAAUGUCUGGAAUGCGGAAAGAGCUUCAGCACAAGUGGAAAUCUUACUAGACACCAUAGAACCCACACUGGGGAGAAACCACAUAAAUGCUUGGAGUGUGGAAAGAGCUUCAGGCAGAGUGGAGCACUUACUUUACACCAUAGAACCCACACUGGGGAGAAACCAAAUAAAUGCUUGGAGUGUGGAAAGAGCUUCAGGCAGAGUGGAGCACUUACUUUACACCAUAGAAUGCACACUGGCGAGAAACCACAUCAGUGUUUGGAGUGUGGAAAAAGUUUCAGCAUGAGUGGAGCUCUUAAUAUACAUCACAGGACCCACACUGGGGAGAAACCACAUAAAUGCUUGGAGUGUGGAAAGAGCUUCAGUACAAAUGGAAAUCUUACUAUACACCAUAGAAUCCACACUGGGGAGAAACCACAUAAAUGCUUCGAGUGUGGAAAGAGCUUCAGCACAAGUGUCUAUCUUACUUUACACCAUAGAACCCACACUGGGGAGAAACCACAUAAAUGCUUGGAGUGUGGAAAGAGCUUCAGCACAAAUAGAAAUCUUACUAUACACCACAGAACCCACACUGGGGAGAAACCACAUAAAUGUGUCGAGUGUGGAAAGAGCUUCAGGAACAGGGGAGCUCUUACUGUGCACCAUAGAACCCACACAAGGGAGAAACCACAUAAAUGCUUGGAAUGUGGAAAGAGGUUCAGCACAAGUGGAAAUCUUAAUAAACACCAUAGAACCCACACUGGGGUGAAACCACCUAAAUGCUUGGAGUGUGGAAAAGGCUUCAGCCAGAGUGGAAACCUUGCUUUACACCAUAGAACCCACACUCGAAGGAGGAAGGCACACCUUACUGCACAUGCACAAAUUCAAUCAGGGUAGAAAUCUUACAUAUGAAACUGCAGACAAGCCCAAGAACCUACCUCAUUUUGUGAAAGAGAAACCC